AUGUUGGAUGCUAAUACUGAUGAUAUUAUUGCUUGGGAAUCACCAUAUCUUGUUACCUUUAAGCGUAAUCAUCAUGAGGAAGAGAUGAUAGAUCACAAACUUAUUUCAACUACUGAAAUGGCCGAAGAAUUAUUUGUAGAACAAGAACAUGAAGAGUAUUUUGAUACGGAUUCAGAUAAUGACGAACAAGUUGGCGAAAGCAGUAAGAAAACUCAUGAAAGGGAUAAGAGUAUUUCACAUAAAGAUUUUAGAAUUUCACUUAUCUGGAAUCUGAUUCAUGAAGUCCUUGUCAAUAGAACUAAAAAAACUAGAAAACAAUUUAGUUAUGAAAGUUCUUCUAACUCACCACCAAAAUGA